AUAUAAGCACGAUAUCUUAAGUCUCUAAUAUACUUUUACAUUUUUAGUCUACUCUUAUUUGUUUGUUUGUUCGCACUUUGCAUUGAUUUUCAAUGUCGUAAUUAUUGCGUGAACUCAAAUGAUUUUUAACCCGUAAUAUCUUAUUCUAUCAACCUUAUUCGGUUUCAUAAAAGUCACAUAAGAAAGCUCAUACAUUGUUCAAAGAAAAUCGGUUUACAGUAGAAGCAAAAACUGCAGUGAUUUUGGUUUUAGGGGAAUUUUUGUAAAGCAUAUAUUUUUAUAAUUACACAUUUUAUCUUACGACAGAACACAAGUCACAAGGUACAUCCACGAACGUGUACAUUGCGACCCCGUGUGGCAGAAUAAGAGACGUAUUUAGGAGUGACUAAAAUUAUUAUUUACAUGAACUACACUUUUUUUUAGAUUUAUUUUAUAAAAUCCACUUCUUUGUAAAAAAUCUAAUAAAAGAUUUACAUUAUGCAUUAUUAAAGACAUAAGUGUGAACGUUAAAAAAUAAAUAUAGAAAUAGAAGGUGUUAAGAUAAGGACCAUUUAUCUGAGCCAAUCUCCCAAACAUCAAAUAUUUAAUUUUCAACAUUACCAGUGUGUCACAUUAUGGAAACAAAAUACUUGUUUAUCGUUGGUACAAAAAUAGCUGACCGUUGUUUGGCCUGUGUUUCAAUGCAGUCACAUGGGGUUUAUUGUGACAGGGGAACUUUUCCAAAGAUAGGGAGCUGUUGCUAGAAUAACCUUGUGUCAUAUGUCUCCCAAACUAUUACAUGUACUAUAAUGAUGAGUAAUUCUUUAAUGCAGUUGCUUCUACUACCAACACGUCUAAGUUUGUGGAUUCUCUAUUUUGUAUAUUACAUUGUAGUAUAUGGCACAGCUGGAAUCACUGCUUGUUUUGUUUUGAUCCGAAUUGCCUGCACUGGAUUUAGAGAUCCAUAUGGAAUUUUCCAGUGGACCACCCGCAAGAAACCCCCAGCUUGCCUACAAGACCCAGCACUUGGUGACCAUGCAUAUUUGAAGGGCAGGAGUUCAGGCUUGAGGUUUCAUUACGUCAGUAAAGGAAACCACAGGAAACCACUAAUGCUGUUUCUUCACGGAUUCCCGGAAAAUUGGUACUCCUGGCGUUAUCAAUUAAAAGAAUUCAGCAGCCACUACCACACGGUGGCGCUAGAUCUACGCGGCUGUGGGGAUUCAGACGCUCCGGUGCAGCUGGAGGAAUACUCAUUAGAGAAACUCUUAUAUGACAUCAGAGACACUAUUGACGAAUUGGGUCACACAAGUUGUAUAUUGGUGGGUCAUGACUGGGGUGGGAUGCUGGCAUGGCAUUUUGCACUGGAGCGGCCUGACAUGGUGCGGCAUCUUAUAGUCAUGAAUGCUCCUCACGCUGCAUCAUGGCUGGAUGCAGUUUUAAGAAGACCUUCUCACCUGUUGCGUUCUGGUCAUGCGUGCUUUUUUCUGUUACCUCUGCUGCCUGAGAUUGCACUGUCUCUUCAAGACUUCACGUUAGUGCGCAGUCUGUUCUGUGGCAAGAACAUGGGGAUAAGGAACAAAGAGAAGAGACUGACCGAGGCCCAGCUGGAGGGUUACUUAUACCGCCUGUCUCAACCUGGAGGACUCACAGCUCCUUUAAACUAUUUCCGCUCCCUCCUGAGUAACACUCUGUACAAGCAUCAGGACGUGGAUGUGCCCUGCAUGCUAAUUUGGGCUGAAGCAGAUAAAAUACUGGUGGAGGGAAUGUCACGAGGAACCCGACCUUACACCAGAGGAUCUGUUGUCAUUCACACUGUGCCUGACUGCAGCCACUGGGUUCAGCAGGAUCGACCUGAGAUAGUCAACAAACUGCUCUGGGACUUUGUUCUGGAUAAGGAUAUUGUGAAAAAACAACCAGGCCAAACUUCUGGUUCCCCUGUAAAAGAGGCAAUGAAUGGAGACAUAAAUCAUGACAGCCACUAGCUUCAGCAUGGUUUUUGGGCAAAUUUCCUCUGAAAAUAACACAACUUGCUUUUUACUCAGAUUUGUCUUGUAAGUUGCUUUGCAUCAUUUUACUGCACUGUUUUAAAUUCACGCUUGCUUAAUAUCUGUUAUCAAUGAAUACUUGAAGAGAGUUUGCAUUUAAAAGAUUUGUUUUAAGUUUGUUAAGUCUUGAGUGUCUUCUUGUGAUCUUCAUGCAAGCAUUUAUAUAUCAAAACAAGUCCGUAUAUUAUAUGCCAUUUAUCUGAAAAGUGAACAGAAGAAGCCACACAUGAUCUAUAGCGUGUUAUACUUCCUACGCUAUGUGUCGGAAACGACAUGUUUAAAUGUAUAACAACAUAAAAAUAUAUUAUGAGACAAA